AUGUUGAAGCGUCAGAAACCAUCCCCAAAUGCUUCUCGUCCUAUAAGGAUAAAGCCCAAAAGCUCUCCUCUCAUUGAAAAAAUGCAGGCCAGUUUGGCACUUGCUCCAGCUUCCAUGCUGCCAGGAGCUUCUCCUAAAAGCCCUGGGCUAAAGGCAAUGGUGUCUCCAUUUAAUAGUCCACCAUCCACACCUGUCAGCCCACAGACUCAUUCAAGUAAUCCUGAUGAAUCUCCAGUUAGUUUUGAUCAACCACCAGAAGGCAUUCAUCUUCAGUUUUAUAAUAAGGUAAGGACACGAGGAUCAAUAAAACGCAGACCACCUUCUAGAAGGUUUCGAAAAUCACAAUCAGAAUAUGGAGAUGACCUAGAUUUGGGGGUGACAGUUUCACCUCAAGAAAAUGGUUCCAAAGCUGGGGAGGAGGAGGAGGAGGAAGGUGUAUUUAUGGACAAUAAUGAAACUAUGAAGCCCUCACCUGCCCCUGUAGGUGGUAUAGACCAUCAGGAGAAACAAAAUCAGGUAGCUUCUGAUGAAAAAUCCCCAUCAGAUCUAGGAUCUAGUAGAUCAGAAAACAAAGAGCAAGAAGUGAAUACAGAAAAGGUAACAACAUUCAAAGACAGCCAGGAAGAGAAGACAUGUCAGAACCUUUCAGAGGAGAAGCCAACUGAGACUGUGGACAGUGACAAAGAAAAGAAUCCAGAUGUUGAUACUGCAGAAGAUACAAAAAGAAAACCAUGGAAGUGCAAUGCUUCUGACCUGGAAAACACUUAUAAAGGAAAGAGGGGGGGGAAAUUAAAUGGAAGUGAAGAUUCACAGCAGGAAUCAAGCAUACAAGAUGCUGGGACUUCACAACCUGCUAUAGACAUCCAAGUAUUGUGAAUUCCAGGAUAUGAUGCUGUUAUAAUAACUAAGCACAUGAUAAAUGGGAAACCAAUUAUUAGAGUUCCCAUUUCAGUGCUGGCUUAUAGAAGAGAACAAACUAUUUCUUAAAUGAAAACACCAAAGAAACCUGAAUUAUUACUUUCUGCUGGCAAUUCUUAGGCUUUUGCUGAGGCAAAUCAGGUCAUCUGUGAUGGGCAGCAGCCUUACCAAGCUCCUUUUUUCUCAAGCUUGGGGACAAGCCCAAAGCAUGUUUGGAGUUGUCCUCUAUUGAAUUGAGGAUUGUAACAGUUGCUGAGUGUUUUUUUUUAUUGGAAAGAACCAUGAUGCAUAUUAAUUACACUUUGUGAUUGAAGUUGACAUUUCCAAACCUUUUCUGGCCUAUAAGCUGUAAUUAUCCUGCAUGCAUAUCUAUUAUAUGGACACCCACAGAACCACAAAAAAACCCAAUCCCUUCUCAUUUGCUAGUGGCUAUGGAAUAAUUUGUACAUGUGGUAAAGGAAAAAAAAAAACCUGAUUUGCUACAACAAUCCAUAUCUUUUGAGUUUUCUGAGUUUGCUGUUAAACACAGGAGAAAGCUAUGGCUGGAUUCGGCAACAUAAUAUGUUUAGCCACAUUAUUGCUAAGCUAUUGUGAUUAAUAGGCCAUGGCUUAUGGCUUAGCAUGUGCAAACUCAGCCAGUAUGGCUUAUUUAGCAAACAAUAGUUGAACAAACCAUAGCUUGGCAUGAUGUGUGUAUUAAAUUUGUGGAUAUUUUUAUACAUGAAUAUUGCAUUAACUUUGAGCCUCUUGUGCUGUUUCCCUAAUUCCCUUGGUUAUUUUUCAUAUUUAAAAAAUGGAGAAAAGUUAUUUAUAAUGUAAACAAGAGUUCUUCCUGAUGUGUUUUCAAAAAAUGUAUUACUGAAUUGACUGAAGCAAUAACUUCUUUAAAUCUCACAUGUCAAAAUAUCCUGCAUCUUGCAAAAGUCUGCUCUUCUCUUUAGGAAGCCAGUAAUAGUAAUUGCUUAAGUAACAUCCAAUUAUUUUAGGAAAUAGGAAUAGAAUAGAAAUAGAAAUAGGAAGCAUUGAAUCAUGCCCUCUAUUACAUUAUUUCAGAAAAGCAACUCCUAGUCAAACAUGAGAUCUGUAAGAAAUAAUGGCUGAAAUAUCAAAUGGCAGUACUGGAGAGAAAACAUAUAAUCAAUAAAUUAGGGAGCCACAAGUUAAAUGUAUCUAAAUUUGCUGUUCACCUAUGCAUUUCUGAACUUCACACAGUUCUGCUUGGGGUGACUGAUGGAUGAAAGCAUAUACCUAACAAUAUGAAUACUGUAGGUGCAGCUAAUUGGAAGGAAAGUUUGCUCUGCUGCCUCAAAGCUAUGCCUAAGUCUGCAAAUAUUGCCCAUACAUGAUAGGUAUCACAGAGAAGCGAACAUGGACCAUAGCAGUGUUAUUUUAUACAUUGUGCUGGUCAAUGGUAGCUGUGCUGGAAAAGUUCUGCAUCUCAGUGAUUUAAGGACAGCACAGCAUCUUUUUCUGAAUGAAGAGAAAAUCACAGUAUUGCAGCAAGCAGGGAGAUUUGAGAAAUAAUGUUCCCAAACUCUGAUUUGCAGAUGACCUUCUAAAAAACAGAAUGGCCUCUAACUAAGGGAGCUAGAUAAUUUUGUUUUGUUUGUUUUCUUCACAUGACUGAAGUCUCAGUAUUAUCAUAGUGCAUGGUGCUAAUCUCAAAGGACAGCACACUGUAGACUGUCAUCUCUUCCAAAAAGCUGUCUUCAAAGCAGAAACAUGCAGUAGUUUCAAAAAUAGUCAUAAAGCUUCAAGAAAUAAGAUGGUAUAUUAAAGAAUAGUUUUGCAACUGAAGAAGUCCAUUUAUACUAAAUGGCCAGUUUAAUGUUCUGUGAAUGUUUCAAGUAGGUGUGAUGGAGAUAAUAGAUUCUUGUUGAUUGUACCAUUAAUCUAGCAUGUACUGCUUUCUGGUUGUCAGGGAUAAUAGGAAUUGAUAUUUUAUAUUAAUAUUUAUGUAAUCUAUGCAUCAUGACAUUCUGCAAAAUGAAUUUUCUUAUGCAAUUACGAUUUGUGUAAAAUGUGUUUGUCAUUCAUCUUAAAAGCUGUUGUGCAUUCAUUUAUUAGUUGGUCCAGACGUCUAACAUUUCCAGACAGAGAAUUUUUCUUUCUUUCUGUCCUUUCCCCAUAUAGCAAAGAUACAUCCCAUGUUGAUGGUCCAUUGUUCACUGCUUUUAUAGAACAAUAGCUGUAGAUGGAGUGGCUGGUUUAAUUGUUUUCUUGCUUCCAUAUUCAUAAUAGAUGCACUGCUAGCUAUGCCUUGGCUAAAUCAUGAACCUGUUAAACACUGUAGAGUUCUUUGUGUUUUACUAAACCAUCUCAGUUAGUAAAACUUUUGGUUUGCCUGUCACAUUUCCUGGAUUAAAGUAAAAAUUAUUAUGUCCUAUCCUUAAAUUUUCUGCAGAAACCAGGACAGUAAUAUGAAGAUUUAGACAGGCUAUCAUCUUAAUGCAGUCUUGAUUCACAUGCUAAAUCCAGAAGGAAUAUAAUUGUCAAAACAUUUGGAGCAAGUUUGGAGAGCUAUGUUGGAAGUCCCAGGAGAUUACACUAUAAUUUUGGUACUAGGGUGAUCUCAUUUAGUUUGCAUCUCUCCUGAGAUUAGCCCACCAAUUCCUGAAGCACUGAGCUUUUUCAUGGCAUCUUAAAUUUCUGUCAUACUGUACAAAGAUAAUGAGGACACUUCAGGAACACAGAAGGAAGUAAAGAAUCUAAAUCUGUCCUCUGGAUAGUGCCACUGUUGGGCCAUGUUUGUUCAGUACCUUCACUUAUUUAAUAUUUCUCCUUAACUGGAAAGCAUUCUGCUAUCAGGAACAUUCAUAGAGAUCAGACAACCAUAGUUUUGUCUUCACAUAAAGUCUAUUAAAUAGCAUUGUUUAUGGGCUCCUAGUUCACAAUUAUAGACACACACAUGAAUGGUGUGUUUUCACUUGAUGUUAAUGGAAAGAAGAAAUGCAUUGUUUGUUUUAAAAAGAAAAAUAAAUAUAGGAAUGGUAGA